GAGCGAAUCUCCUUUACUCCCUGCAAGCCUAUAACAACGCGGAUUUGGAUGUAUUCAUGUGCCUCUGUUCCCGCAGGUAUUCCGACACAACCACCUAUGCAACCUGAAGACACCGCCAGGCAGUCUUCUGCUUCUGCUGCCCUAUUACAAUCCAUGCCUCCCGCAGAGAUGCCCUCUACGCAAACGGCACCAACGAGCCCCAUUGAACCCACGACAAUAACAAACAGUGCCAGCGCGCCAGAUGUCAUCGUUGCCACCAGGGCUUUGAACGCCGCCUCCAUGGUCUUCUCACCAUCUGCGGACUACACCAUCCUCCAGUCAUCUCGCACAUCUUCUAAUGAUGCUCUUCCGAGUACGGUCUCCGGAAUAAUGGAGGGAAGCAGCGGCACAGCGAGCCCCGCUGAGCCAGAUGUACAAAUCCUCGAAGCGCUGCGAAGCAAGGAUAGACUUUGGGUUCUGAAGUUAGGCGAGAGCAUGGAGACACUCAUUAAUGAACGCAAGCAGUGAGUCUGAUUAUCUCU